UUGUGACGUCAUCUGGCUGCGCGGCGGAGAGAGGAGGAGGAGAAGGAGGAGGCAAGAUGGCGGCGCGGCGGCCCUUGCACUUCGUGUUCAAAGUCGGCGACCGAGCGCAGACCGCGCGGUUCUAUCGGGAGCUGCUGGGCAUGAGCGUGCUGAGGCACGAGGAGUUCGAGGAGGGCUGUAAGGCCAGCUGCAAUGGACCUUACGAUGGAAAAUGGAGCAAAACAAUGGUGGGCUAUGGGCCAGAAGACAACCACUUUGUUGCGGAGUUGACUUACAACUAUGGUAUUGGAGAGUAUCGCCUUGGCAAUGACUUUCUGGGCAUAACCCUGGUGUCCAGCCAGGCUGUGAGCAAUGCUAAGAAGAUGGGGUGGCCCCUCAAAGAAGUCACAAUUGGUGUGUUUGAAACUGAAGCCCCAGGUGGAUACAAGUUCUACUUGGAAGACAAGGAACAGAAAAAACAAGAUCCUGUGCUGAAGGUAACCUUGGGUGUCUCCGAUCUGCACAAGUCUGUUCAUUACUGGUCUCAUUUGCUUGGGAUGAAAAUAUAUGAGAAGGAUGAAGAAAAACAGAGGGCUUUGCUGGGCUAUGCAGAUAACCAGUGUAGGCUGGAGCUGAAGGCUGUUGGAGGAGCAGUGGAUCAUGGAACAGCGUUUGGAAGGAUUGCCUUUUCCUGUGCCAAAGAAGAGUUGCCAAACAUUGAAGCACUGAUGAAAAAGGAGAACCAGAAGAUUUUAACGCCUCUGGUUAGCUUGGACACACCUGGCAAAGCUACAGUGCAAGUGGUCAUUUUGGCUGAUCCUGAUGGCCAUGAAAUCUGUUUUGUGGGAGAUGAAGCAUUUCGAGAUCUGUCCAAGGUGGAUCCCAAUGGUGGCAAACUGUUGGAUGAUGCCAUGGCAGCUGACAAGAGCGACACGUGGUUUGCUGCCCGGAAUAUGAAGAAGGUGUCUGCAUAGCUGGAGGAGGAGCUGGGCUGGCAGGUCAUCAUGCCUUGGUUUUCAUCUGAGCUGUGCUGUCCAUCCCAUGGGAGGGCUCAGUCACGUCCCAUGCUGUUCUGUUGGUUCCUUUUCAGCUUGUAUCUCUUUCAUUUCAAGCUCCUCUUUAUUUUCAAUCAAAUAUCAGGUGCAACUUCAGACGUGAGUGUAAAGCAGGGAGGAUGUUGGGCACGUGGCUUCCAACGCUGGAGCUGCAGGUGAAUGCCUCCUAGUGCGGUUGCACUUGAAGGAGAAGUUGCCAGGUUGAUUAAAGUAUCCAGAUCUGUCAUGAAUGAGCUGUAGCCGUCCUGACUGCAGCGCAGGGCUGAGAUUGGUGUGGUAGCAGCAGCUGCAGUGCCCGGUGCUGUCGGUCAGGCUGCUCGUUAUUGAUCUCUUGAUGAAAAGCAGCAGCAUUAGCAAUGCCUGCAAUGAAUAGUCUAAAUGGGAACAGUUCUCGACGUGCCGGUGUUGCUUUGGCGUUGAUGCAGUCAAUGAGUCGGGGUCGGAUCAGUGCUGACGGUGAUGCCGUUGUUGGAAAUGAGCCUUGAUGUGAAUAAAUUUUUAUGUGAAUUUUA